UGACACCCACUGGUCAAAAGUGGCAUUGCCAGUUUAGAUGCAGCAUCAGCACCAGCAUCAGAUCACCGGAAGGAUGCUGUCGCAGAGAGGAAGCUUGGGGAUUAUAUAGAGUCGACGGCACAGAGUGUACAGUUAAAUCUUCAAACCAGACCUUGUAUAUUAAAAUAAUAUUAUAAACGUGCACCAGUAGCUGCCAUGUUCCCAUCGUGUUGCUCCAAAGCAUCGACGGACAGCGGCGCUAAGAAGAGCUCCGUGGCUAAGCUACUGCUCGGCGUGUUUGUGGUCUACAUGCUGCACACCGCCUGGCUGCUGUACGGCUUCAUCUACACCAAACCCUGCGACGAAGGCAGAGGAGAGAACUGCAUCACCUCCUACCUGACAGACACACCCAGACUGCAGCUGAGCGUCUUCACCUGCUUAAUGCCAGACAACAGCCAACUCAACCUUGCCUUAAAAAUAGACCCAUUUGACCCACAUUCUGCAUUUGAAAGACAAGUGAAUGUCUCUCUGCCGGCGGAGACUCGAGCAAAUGGUUCCCUGUUUGCAGUCGUUUACGUCCAUAAAUGUGGCGUAUCACCUCUGGAGGACAGCAGAGAAGUCCACUACGCAGCUCAGCUCACCACCUACAUCGCACCCACACACUCAGAGGACCAGAGAGAUGUGCACAAGAGAUCCGGCCCCAGGUCAGAGAAUCCUGUAUCCCACUGGAGACCUCAGCUGUCUGUGACUAUGAUGUCAGAGGACUUCACCUUCAACAAGGCGGGGCUUCCCAGUGAUGUGCGGCGAUACAUGAGAGUGUCUCAGAGCGGUCAUCAGAUGAUCUACCUUCCUCUGCUGCUGGUCAAUGAGCUCAGUGUCCGAGUCAAAGACCUCAUGGAGAUCAACAGCAGCACUGCUCACCUCCCUCUCACCGUGUCCUAUGAGGGAAUCUCUCUAAGGAGAUUCAGGUUUUGGGUUCAUCUGCAGGAUGUGGUUUAUUCUCUACGACAGUUUGGCUUUACUGAGCAAAACAUUGAUGAAAUUAAAGAAACUCUGGUUGGAUCCAAUCUCUACCUGUUAGUGCUCACUGCUCUCAUCACGGCUCUGCAACUCAUCUGUGAAUUCCUGGCUCUUAAGAAUGACAUCUGCUCCUGGGCAAAAAAGAAGAGCAUGGCAGGAAUGUCCAGGAAGUCAGUUCUUUGGCGUUGCCUCAGCACUUUGCUGAUUUUCCUCUAUCUACUGGAGGAGACCAGUCUGCUGGUGCUGCUCCCUGUCGGGCUGGGGGCGUGUGUGGAGGUGUUUAAGGUGUUUAAAGUGUUUAAGCUGCAGUGUAAACUCUCCAAACUUCAUGUAAAUAAACUGGAUGACGAGGAGAGAAAGACAGUAGAUUAUGACACACAGGCGUCCCGAUACCUGUCCUACUUGGUUUAUCCUUUGUGCAUCAGUGGAGCUAUUUUCUCACUGGGAUACCUGCGACAAAAGAGUUACUAUUCCUGGUUGAUCAACAGCCUGGUGACUGGAGUGUAUGCCUUUGGCUUCCUGUCUAUGGCCCCUCAGCUCUUCAUUAAUCACAAGCUGAGGUCUGUGAGCCACCUGCAGGGGACAGUGUUGAUGUACAGAGGAGUGAACACGCUGAUCUCAGAUCUGUGCUCCUGUGCCUCCUUCUUCUCCUCCUCCUCUGGCUCCUUCUCCUCGUCUCAUCAACUCUCCUGCUUCAGAGAUGAGCUCCUUUUCCUCAUCUACCUCUACCAGCGAAGCUGCUACGCGCAUAAGGCCAGAAGACGAGACUCUGCGACACACGGCAAGAAAAUAAAGACUCAGUGAGGAGAAGGCACAGGAGUCUCAGAGAGGAGAGUACACAGAGAUUGAAGAUGUGCAACACAGACCUAAACAGGACAUUUGGACACAAACUAAUCCAAGAUGACUAGUUCUGCUUCAGACUCUUCACUGUUGAACUGCUGCUGUGUUUUGCCUGACAUGGAAGAUUUGGAAGAACGCAGUGACUGACGUCGAUUCUCUGCUGCACAUGUGCUGCUGCUGGCUGAUCGUUCAGCAGUAAAACCAUGAGUCAUUUGCUUGUUUCUGCUUUUUUAUGCAAACAUGUGGGUUUUUUUUUUUUGGCAAAUUGUAA